UAAAGGCUUAGCUGGGACUGAGAAUGGCAGAGGUGAGGUCUGCUGAGAUCAUCAUCAUCUGUUUCACGCUGCUUCACGGUUUAACAGCAGCUUUGAACUGCACCAGUCCAACUCCUUCCUCCCUGUUCAGUGAACUUGAGAAGAAUCUAUUCUCAAACAGUCUGGUGCCACCUGUAAAAAGCUUUUCAUAUCCUGUGAAUAUCACCAUCAGCAUCACUGUGGUGGGAAUUUUAGGAGUGGAUGAAAAAACCCAAACACUGACAACAGUCUUAUGGCAAGUCCUGGAGUGGGAUAUAGAGGGACUGAGCUGGGAGGAGGAAGAAUGUGGAGCGAAAAGAGUUUCUGUUCCUCGGGAAAACCUUUGGGUUCCAGACAUUCAUAUUGCAGAGUUCAUUGGUGAGGACGGAUCUCCCAGAAUCCCUUAUGUCUACUUAAACAAUACGGGUCAUGUAUAUGAUGAUAAACCAGUCAAAGUGGUCAGCUCUUGCCAGUUAGGAAUCUACACUUUUCCCUUUGAUAUCCAAAACUGCUCACUGACCUUUGGAUCAUAUCUACACUUUGCUACAGACAUAAUGAUGAUUCAAGGCAGCACAUCUGAAGAGAUCCUGCAGGAGUCCAGAGAAGUGCUGCAGACUAAUGAGGAGUGGGAACUCGCAGACAUCGGUGUAGCCGAUUCCACGCUGGCACUAGAAGACGGAAGCUACUCUGAGAUCAAAUAUUUUCUCAUUUUAAGACGUAGACCCGUCCUGUAUGUGGUGAACCUCCUGAUCCCCAGCUGCUUCCUCAUCACCGUGGACCUCUUCAGCUUCCUGCUGCCUCCACAGAGCGUCGACCGAUCCUCCUUCAAGAUGACCCUCAUCCUGGGCUACACCGUCUUCCUGCUCAUCAUGAACAACCUGCUGCCUGCAACCGGGGAGAAGACGCCUUUAAUCAGUGUUUUCUUCUCCCUCAGCCUGGCUCUGAUGGUGACCAGCCUGCUGGAGACGGUGUUCAUCACAAACAUCCAGUUCAGCUCCAGUCAGAACAGUGCAGUUCCUCACUGGCUCAGCGUCCUGGUGUUACGUUAUCUAGCUGUUGUCGUCUGCAUACCCCCGAAGAAAAAGAGCAGCAGAGUCACGGUCUUCCUCAACCCAUCUACUAAAGAUCCAGUAAAGAGCACCAGCAGCACAGACAUCUCAGAGAGUCAGAGCAUCUCUAAUGAUCCCAUAAAACCCCCUUCAUCCCCUCCUCACCCUCUGGAUCCGACCCUGGAUGAACUGAGGAGGCUGAGCAGAGAUCUCGCUGCCAUCCGACAUCAGAUGGACAGUUACUUCCAGGGGACCAAAGCCUCUCAGGAGUGGCAGAUGAUCGGGACAGUGGUGGACCGUCUCCUGUUUGCCCUCUACAUCGUCUUCAUCGUCAUCAGCUUCAUCACCAUCAUCAGCAUCUGGAUCUGGAAUAACUCAUAUGCAGCAUGAUUUGGGGUUUGAGGGUUAAAAACGAGUGAAAUCAAACCGUGUCGUUAAUCAUAUUAGCUGUUUAUUCUAAGACAUAAUGCUUGUCAUUGAUUGUCUGGAUCAUGAAAAACUUUUGAUGCAUAUAAGCAUCAAAGAAACUCCUGUUGAGAU